AUGAGAACGGUGGAAGCUAACUUCCGCACCACAGACCUUAUCUACCUCAUCUACCGUCCACGCCUACCAAACCACCUCCGAAAACACCAACCCACAACUACAAUAACCAAAAUGUCCGUCCCAGUCCGAACAAUCACCUCCUUCCGCACAACUUUCAACCCCUUCUCCCCUGUCUCCCGCCCUUGCCGUCUCUUCCUCAACCUAAUCCGCCAACCCUCCACAAUCCCCGCCUCGAGCCCCAACCACAUCGACAUCAAAGUCACGCAGCUCCCGCGGACCUCGAAACAGCUUCCCGAGAUGACAAUAGGGUUUAAGGGUGGGAAGGAGGUUAAGCUGGAGGUUGGGAAGAGGCAAAUGAAGAUUGGGGAUGUGAUUGAGGAGGUUGCGCGGGUGGGUCGGAUUAUUGAGCGGGAGGAAACGCUGAAGGGUUAA